AUGACCAACGAUGAAUUUGUACCUUAUUUAGGUGAUCAAGAUCGAUUGUAUUGGACCUUGAUAAAGCGUGUUGCUUCAUCGUUUGAAGAAAACUUUCUCUUAUCUCCUUUAGGGUUGAAGUUAACCCUAUCACUUUUAAAAGAAACAGCUACCGGACUGACCCAGGAUGAGCUCUCAGCAAUUUUCCGAGAGGAUUUAAAUCGUAUGGAGAGUAGAGAACAUUUAAGAAGUAUUGCAGAGCUGUUAAGGAAAAAGCCUCCCGAAAACAUCGCAUAUCUAGGUAAUUGGAUCUUCAUUUCUUCAGAAAAUGAAAUACGGGCAAGAUUCGAAGCAAUUGCUAAAACUUUUUACAACGCUGAUAUAACAACUGUUAACACACAAAGUGCUACUGUUACAGCAAACGAGAUUAACCAGGUAGUUUUAAAUGCUACACUGGGAAAUAUCUUAUAUCCUGUCAAUGAAGGUGACGUCGAUGACAUGAGAAUGCUGGUCCUGAACACUCUCUACUUCGAAGGUGACUGGCGCUACCAGUUUGCAGCGAGCGCAACAAAAGCCAGUCAUUUUUACGUUUCUCCGACGACUCUGAAAAUAGUUCCUUUCAUGAAAGUCAUUCAAAGGUUCUAUUAUGCUGAGUCAACAAAAUUAGAUGCAAAGAUUUUGAGAAUGCCUUAUUUGGGCAACAAAUUUGCGAUGUACUUCAUAGUUCCAAAUUCGCUGACGGGUCUUUCAUAUGUGGAGGAGAAUAUAAUGCUACUACCCGGUGAGAUACAGUUCCUUGAAAAACAUAUCGUUGAUGUCACUUUACCUAAGUUCAAGUUUGUUUACACUUUGUAUUUGGAAAGGACGUUAAAAAAGAUGGGUCUACGAAUCGCAUUCGAAGAGUCUGCUUCGUACCCUGGUAUAGCCAGGGGCCAACUUAUUUCAAAACGACUAAAGCUCUCUAAAGUAAUGCAACGAACCCUCAUCGCUGUUAACGAACUUGGUGUUGGUGUGUCUUCUUCGAAAGGAAAUACGACAGUUAGUGAAGUGAAUAUUGAUAUAAAUGAAGCAAAGGAGGUAAUGGGCAACAGGCCAUUCUUUUUCUUCAUCCAAGACGAGGCUUCAAGGCAAUUGUUGGUCUUUGGCAGAUUUACAGACCCCACACUUUGA